GCGGUAUACAUGUAAGGCAAGCAUUUUUAGCAAACAAUUUAGCAGUGCACUCCGUCCGCGGACCAGACUGUUGACUGUACACAAACGAAGCUACAGCUCUCCACAGACUGAAAUGGAUCCUAACUGGAAAGCCAAAGAUGUUCAGAUGCGAGCAGUCAUCAACCAAAAGCUGAUCGAGACGGGCGAGAAAGAGAGAUUGAAAGAACUUCUACGAAAUAGACUCAUUGAAUGUGGUUGGAGGGACCAACUGAAGGCGCACUGUAAAGAUGUCGUAAGAAAAAAGGGUUUAGAUCAAGUGACGGUGGACGACCUAGUGGCAGAACUCACUCCAAAGGGAAGAGAGUUGGUGCCGGAUGACGUCAAGAAGGAACUCCUGCAGAGAAUAAAAGCGUUCCUGGCCCAGCAGGCGAGCGUCUGAUGAUUAGCCAAUAGGAAGUGGCCAACUCAUGAAUAUUCACAUCAGGAAUCACUCUUGCUGCACCUUGAAAACUUUGUUAUUAGUUUAGGAUGAUUACUUUUUACUUAAGUCGCCUCCACAAGUGUGGAGCACUAGCGUGGAUCCCUUCUUGAAGAAAUGUUCAGCAAAAUCUUAUUCUGUUUUCUAAAAAGAUCAUUUGUCCUUUCACAUCAGAAAAGUUGUCCUUUAAAGUUUUCUGGUUAGGAUGCGACAAGUGCUUGUAUUUGUUUGGGAGCAUCACACAGGACACGUGUAUCAGGUUUUUCGGGGGUUUUCCUCAUCCUGAAUGUAAAGUUCAUGACUCAACUUCCUAGUUUUGUUGGUUUCUGAUGGAAGGAGGUCCUGAAGGGAAGCCAGUGUGAUGCACUUUUGAUGUGCCAACUAUCGUUCAAUUGUAAGGAACAUGAUGUGCUCGUGAUUGUGUUAGAUUUGGGUAAGUUUGGGGAGAUUUCUCAGCAAAACCUUCCAUGGGCUGGAAGUGUUUAGACAAUAUUCUUCAGUGACUAUCAUUCCUUACAUUAUCAGUCAUACCUGUAAAUAGUCAUUGCAUUUUUCAAUUGCCGAUUCAUCCUUUUUUUCAUUGUAAGAAGCAGGAAUGAAUAAACUCAAUCUUUGAAAUGAGAUGCAUAACGGCAAGGAAUGAUUGGCACUUGCGACAAGACAGCAAUGGACAUGGACGGAGGUCAUCUAUCCCU